AUGGCCACCGAGCAACAACCGAAGGAAGAGCCGGAGCCGCAUCUGCCGAAGGAGGAGCAGGAGCCGGCGUUCAAGAUGGUACUGGAUCCGCCUGCCUACUUGCAUCGUCUUUGGAACCCGAACGGCGUCGACGCAGAAGUGAUCCUAAAAAAUACAACCGAUGCGCGCCAAAUUUUCAAAGUAAAGCUUGUCGGAUACACCCGAAACUCAUUGGUAUUGUUUAGUCUACUGAUCGGCCUGCCAAUGGUCGUCAUUACCUUGUGGUUGCUCACUGCGAGUACAACGGGACCUGCCGAGCCAGGGAGGCUUGGAAGAGCCGCACGCCGGAAGGAAUCGCAAGGAUUAUGUGGCACUUCGAAGCUGAAGAAGGAUGAAGGCGAGGGUGAGCUUGUUCAUGACGACGCCGCCGUUUGCCGUCUAAGCCCGAGGAAAGGCCGCCACACUCACCAGGGCAUCGACCAGCUCUGUAGGGAGUGCAUCCCGACGGUCCGGAAGGCCAUCCUGAGCGGAGAUGACGGCCGGCACGGAUGGCGAUGCGAGACGUUGGCGGCCUACCAGGAAAACAUUGGCGAAGACGAAAAUUACAAGGUCAUGCUAGUUGCCAUUUGCCCGAAAUGCAUGCUAGCGCAGCUUGGCCACGACAUCUCUGCCGGGCAGGAGGGCAACACCAGUCGCGUCAACGCCGAUACAUCGGGAUCAGACACCGAA